AUGGCAUCUCAACAGAUAGAGAAGGUGUGUAUUCAGGGUUGUAAUCUACGUGGGAAUGACCCCACAGCAUCACGUGACCUAGCCAGGUUUCUAUGUCUCCUGCCUUGUCUUACCGACCUGACGAUAAAGGACUCUGACGAUCAAUACAGUCAUCUUUUCCUUCGUGAUGAUUUCUACCACGAACUUGCUCGUCAGGCCUCAUCCUCAAAGAUAGAGAAGGUGUGUAUUCAGGGUUGUAAUCUACACGAGAAUGACCAAAGAGCAUCACGUGACCUAGCCAGGUUUCUAUGUCUCCUGCCUUGUCUUACCGACCUGACGAUAAAGGACUCUGACGAUCAAUACAGUCAUCUUUUCCUUCGUGAUGAUUUCUACCACGAACUCGCUCGUCAGGCCUCAUCCUCAAAGAUUGAAAAGCUCUACAUAGACUGCUACCUGAAGAAAAAUGAUCGAAUGGUAUCGUGUGACCUAGCCAAUUUUCUUUGUUUUCUGCCUUGUCUCACUAACCUGACGGUGAAGGACGAUAGUAAACUACUGCUACAUGAUGAUUUCUACCUUGAGCUUGCCCUUCUUGCUUCUUCCUCAAAGAAUCCUUUCUUCUCAAACCUCUUGACAAGGACAACUGGGACCGCAAGACUAUCCACCACUCUGGCAAUCUUCACACCAUCCACAGCAAUAUCAGUCACUUGGAGAUGUUCAGACAGCACGUUCAUCACAAAUGAUCAACCCACAUCAAGGAAUGACACCAACAACCCGGCAUGCCCGCCAAUCAGCUACGUCAGGAACAUCCCUGCCACCAGCCAUCACCUACCAUCACAACCAGCAACAUCAAACACACGUUCCGCAUCACCUGCCAUUUUCACAGACACCUGUCUCACAGACACCUGUCUCACAGGAAGCAUGGCAGCAUCCAGACCAUAA